CGCGACUGCACCUCUGUGCUCUGUACCUCAUACUUGCGAUACCCUCUAUUUCUUUGCUCACUCGCUCUUUGCUUCUACCUACCACGACGCAGGGGAUAUCGUAUUGCUCUACCUAGUGUCCGUCAUACGCGCUUCCGACUGCCAGCCCCUACACAAGUGUACGACUUCUUCACGCCGCGGCCUCCCUAUCCACCCUAAGAAUGGCGCAGACCGUCCAGCGAGGAAAGCGCAAACAAGCCGACGACUCUCCGCCCUCAACUCCGCCCCCGCCAGGGAAGAAAUCGCGUCCGGCGACAGCGCGGAAGAGCACCGGGGGACGUCCACCGGGUGGCCGGGCGAGCGACGCGGGGCCCUCGGCCGCGGGCCGUCGCGCUAGUGGGCAGGGGGCAGCCCAGGCCCAACCACGCAAGAAGCGUUUCCGUCCCGGCACGGUCGCGCUGCGCGAGAUCCGCAAGUACCAGAAGAGCACGGACCUGCUCAUCCGGAAGCUGCCCUUUUCACGCGUAGUGCGCGAGAUCGCGCUGGACAUGAUGACAGACACGAUCGAUUACGGCGACACUGGUCUACGGUGGCAAAGUUCCGCGAUUCUUGCGCUGCAGGAAGCAACGGAGGCGUUCUUGGUGCAUAUGUUCGAAGACGCCAACCUGUGUGCGAUCCACGCGAAGCGGGUGACCAUCAUGCAACGGGAUAUUUGGCUCGCGCGGCGCCUUCGCGGGUCAAGCGGCGGGCUGGCGUGAACAUUCAGCAGGUCGUCCUUGCUGAGUGUCCCGCCCGAGUCAGCCCGACGAGGGCGGCCGGCGAAUGGGCCUCCUCCAGGCCCGGAGCCGGAUGUAUCGUGUUCCUGGUCGUCGAUUUUUGCUGUUGCUGUCGCGUCUUGCUGCCAUCUCUCCUCGAUUUGUCCCCGCACCUCCCUUGACAUUAUUUAUCCCUAGUUUUUGACUCAGACCGGCCGAGCGACACCCCCUCCAUACCUACCGCCCAUCAUUUCUUGCAUGUAUUCACGCGUCAAACUUUCUGCCAUGUAGCCCGCACAGUGCGUUCAAUAUGACACCCAUGAAUGAUUGAUGCCGAGUGCAACCGCGAUGGAAGGGAAGUCCACGGAUUGUCCGGAAUGUGGCGUGCGCUAAGGUCGUGCUAGGUACCGCCGGCAGUGGAUGUUGAGAU